AAUUGAUCAAAUCUAUGGGUGCCGAGAACCAAACAGUGAAAACGACGUUGCUCGACUUCGAGGAAAAAGCGCAAACAAAGCCCUCCUUUUUCCAAUCCACAAAUUCCUCCCUUCCCUGUUUGGCCGAAAAGAGAAGCCUUUUUUUUCCCUCCAUACUCAAUUCUCGAAAUUGGCAAUUCCUGGGAAAAUGGAAAAUCAAAUCACACCAAACGGUUCCGAAGCUCCAACGAACUUCUCCGCCCUCAAUUGUAUCGAUAUCUCCAAUCCCGAUAUUCACCACUCCGUCUCUUUGCUCAAACAGGCAUGUUUGGAUUGCGGGUUUUUCUAUGUGGUGAAUCACGGGCUAAGCCAGGAAUUCAUGGACGAGGUGUUUGCGCAGAGCAAGAGGCUUUUCGAUUUGCCGUUGAGCGAGAAGAUGAAGCUCUUGAGGAACCACAAAAACAGGGGAUAUACCCCUGUUCUUGACGAAAUUCUUGAUAUUGAAAACCAAGUUCACGUAGGAGAUUACAAGGAGGGGUACUACAUAGGUGUUGAGGUAGCUGAGGAUGACCCAGAAGCAGAAAAACCAUUUUAUGGUCCUAAUGUUUGGCCUAAACAAGAUCAAUUGCCUGGGUGGCGAGAGACCAUGGAGAGAUUUCAUAGAGAGGCAUUAGAGGUGGCUAGAGCAGUUGCAAGGAUCAUAGCUCUUGCUCUCUGUCUGGACGAGAACUUCUUUGAUAAGCCAGAAAUGCUUGGCGAGCCUAUUGCAACGUUGCGGUUACUGCAUUAUGAAGGUCAAACUUCUGAUCCUUCAAAGGGACUAUUCGGAGCUGGUGCUCAUUCUGACUUUGGCUUGAUAACCCUCUUGGCUACCGAUGAUAUCGUAGGUCUCCAAAUAUGCAAGGACAAGGAUGCUAAACCUCAAGUAUGGGAAUAUGUUGCACCACUGAAAGGAGCAUUUAUUGUGAACCUUGGUGAUAUGUUGGAGCGCUGGAGCAACUGCAUAUUCAAGUCCACACUGCACAGAGUCCUGGGAAAUGGUCAAGACAGAUAUUCUAUUGCAUACUUUGUGGAUCCUAGUUACGAAUGUCUUGUUGAGUGUUUGCCUACUUGUAAAUCAGAAAAAGAUCCUCCAAAGUUUCCUCCAAUCUUAUAUGGGACUUACCUUAGCCAACGCUACAAGGAUACACAGGCUGAUCUGAACGUAUACAAGAAACAUCAAACACAACAGAUUCUCUUAGAAUAAGUUAUUGGAGAUGGAUUCCCAAAGGGGCAGCUAAAGAUGAACGGUUCUACCAAUUACCAUAUCAAGUAAACAUAAUGUAUGUCCACCGGCAGAGAG